ACCCGAUCAACCUAUUACUAAAUAUGGGCUCAAUCAGGUGCGGGAAAAAAGGCAAAAAAAAAAAAAAAAAAAAAAAAUUAAAAAAAUAUAGCAGACUUCAAAUGAUCUUGCCGAUUGAAUUACUGUUAAAAAUAGUUGACUUGUGCAUUCAAUCGGAUGUCAAUGACAACGAGAAUAUUCUCAAAUGGACAAGACAAGUGACAACAACACAAUUACUCUUACUCAAUCGCCCUAUUUACAACUAUAUUAUACAAAACUCGAAGUUCAACAGGCUUAGACUUUGGAAACUGUUAUGCCAUAUACCAAAACAAAACCAGCCUAUCCAACUAGCAGUAGGUGUGUCGGACGAUUCGUGGACCAUUGUCGAUGUUGACAUUUGUAAUGAAAGGAUCGGGACCGGAGAGUUUGAGAGCUUUCUAGUUCUGGAAGAAACAAUGAAAUUUUACACCAAGCCAAAGAAAUGGGAAAAGGAGUAUUUGUUGAUAAGGAAAAAUAUGGGUGGUAGACAAGUGCUCUUUUUUGAACUGUAUGAAUUCCUGCAGGACUUACAUUUAUUUACAAAAAACAACAUCAUGUCAAUUUGGUUAUGGAAAAGAUGCAACACAUUCUUUAAAAAGGAUAUAUUAUUCAAUAUGACUAACAACAACGAUGAUGGAUUCUUUAGACCCGUGUUGGAUACACAACAAAAAUCACUAAUGGCUUGGGAUCGACCUACCUUAAAAAAGAAAGGAUUGACAGAAUCUGUCAUGCUGUAUAACACAGAAUUGUUUGGGCGAUUAUUGUAAUAAAGUAUAUAUACUCCCCCUCCUUUUUUUUUAUUUCUUCUCUUCCUUCAUCUUUUGCUAAAUAAUUAUCACCAAUGGAAUCUAUUACCCCUCAAUCAAUUGUUAUUACUCUUCCCGUUAAUACUGCUGCUUGUAAAUGUUGUACUUGUGGCUCAUUCUCGCACAAGACAAGAGAUUGCCCCAGGUUGUAUAACUAAAUGAUUAUAUAACAUGUACACAUAUGUAAUAUGCUUUUUAUUUUACUGCUGCUUAUACCUACACUACACUAUUACUACUACUAUUACUACUCCCUAUUACUGCUACUCUUACUACAUAACACGUUUCAAGCAAAUCACAAGAAACACGAUAACAUACAUUAAUUAUAAUGAAAUAAUAAAGAAAUAUGAACCUGUGAAUAAAAUGUCAAAUGAGUGAUUCCCAU